CUCCCUUCUCUUAAAAUGAUCUCUUUCCAUCUGUCAUUCACACAGUCACUCUCUCGCCCUUCAAUCUAAUCUUCAGUACUCUCCCUCCGGCGAUGGCAGUUAACGAGUUUUCCAGAUCAGUCGAUAUGGGAAUCAGACUUUCCAAGCGGAUAUACUACGGAAAAGACAGCCCUUCCCCUUCCAGGUCUGCUCCGAAGCCGCCGUCCAUGGAGAAAUCGUUAUCGACGUCUUCCUCCGCUUCCUCAGUUCGGAUGCCGCAGAAUCACCAUCCUACAUCGCCGAUGGCCUACGCCGUCAUAACUGAGCCUCUUGUUGUUGAGAAUCCGGAUAUUCGGAGCUAUCAGCCGUACAUCUACGGACGCUGUUAUCCGCCGGCGUUGAUUCCGUUGCACAUGGUCGGAGUAACGAUGGAGGUUGACUGUUAUUUGGACACGGCGUUCGUCACCGUUAGCGGUGUUUGGCGCCUUCAUUGUGUAUCUUCAACCACAUUAUGCGAUUGUCGUAUCGCGAUUCCGAUGGGAGAGCAGGGUUCACUUCUAGGUGUUGAGGUUGACACCACUACGAGAUCAUACUUUACUCAACUCAUAAUCCCAGAAGAUGAAAAAAACGACGUCCAACGAGAAAACAAAAAAGAUGGCUUCUUAAUGAAAGGCAACACCUACACUUUUCAAAUCUCACAGGUUGAAGGAGGAUCCAACAUCCAUGUGAAAGCUAGAUUCUCUCAGAAACUAUUGUAUCAAGACCAUAAUUUCUGCCUCAGCGUUCCUUUCACUUUUCCCCCUCAUGUAUUUCCAGUGUUCAAGAAAGACUACUCUUGUACAGAAAAAAUACUUCUAAAUGUCAAUUCUGGUACUUGCACUUCCAUUACAUGCAACAAUGCUAGUCAUCCUUUAAAGGAACUAAAACGACAGGCUGGCCAAUUAGUCUUUUUGUAUGAGGCAGGAGUUAUCAAGUGGUCUUCUCAAGAUUUCUAUUUUUCAUAUUCGGUAUGCUCAAAUGAGAUAUUUGGUGGUCUUCUCCUUCAGCCUCCAUCUUUACAUGAUUAUGAUCAGAGAGAUAUGUUUUGUUUUUAUCUAUUUCCAGGGAAUAACCAAAACAUAAAGCCUUUCAGAAAGGAAGUGGUGUUUGUAAUUGACAUAAGUGGCAGCAUGCGAGAUGACCCUCUUGAGAAAACAAAAGAUGAAAUCAUAGGAUCACUCUGGAAGCUCAAUGAAGGAGAUUCAUUCAACAUUAUAGCUUCGAAUGAAAACAUUAAAUCGUUUUCAUCUUCGUUGAAUUUGGUAACAGAAGGAAUGAUUACAACUGCAAUUGAAUGGAUGAACACAAAUCUUAUUGCUAAUGGAGGUACCAACCUCAUGCUUCCCCUAAAACAGGCAAUUGACAUGGUUGGUAGAACUGGCGAUUCCAUUCCGUUCAUUUUUCUGAUUACUGAUGGGUCUGUUGAAGAUGAAAGAGAGAUUUGUAAUAUGGUGAAAGGUCAUAUUGUGGAUGGAGAACUAAAAUCUCCUCGGAUUUGCACAUUUGGAAUAGGUUCAUACAUCAAUCAAUAUUUCUUGCAAAUGCUUGCAAAUAUUGGAAGAGGACAUUAUGAUUCUGCAUACGAUGUAGAUUCAAUCAGCAUUCGUAUGCGACAACUGAUUGACAAUGCUACAUCACCUCUGUUUUCAAAUGUAACCCUUGAUGCUCUACAAAAUCUCGAGUCAUAUGAGAUAUUCCCAUUUUGUAUUCCAGAUUUAUUGUCUGGAAGUCCUCUAAUUGUAUCAGGCAGAUUCAAAGGGAGCUUCCCUGACACUGUUAAAGCUAGAGGUCUCUUAGCGGAUCUAAACACUCAUGUGAUUGAUGUCAAAGUGAGCAAAGCAAACGACAUGCCUUUAGAAAUGGUAUGUGCAAGGAGGGAGGUUGGUAUGCUUACAGCACAAGCAUGGUUAGACCAAAACACAGAACUAGAGGAGAAGGUUUCAAAAAUGAGCUUACAAAGAGGGGUUCCUUGUGAAUAUACUCGCAUGAUACUAGUUCAACAUGAUAACCUAAAACAAGCAAUCGAAUCAGAUCCACCAGAAGAGAAGUAUACGAAGUUGAAGAACGAGAAGAUAACGUACCUCAUGAAUCUAAACUUUGGAUUUGGUAACUUGAUUGCGACCGUUGAGAAUUUACCUCCAAGGAACGAAGAAUUGAAGCUAAGUGAACCACCUGGAAAAGUUGCGCAAGCAGCUUCGUCUUGCUGGAUUAUGUUUGUUGAUCGAUUUUGUUGCAGGUGCAUGAUUCAGGCAUGUAGUCAAAUGAACAACCAAUGCUCCAUUGUAAUGACGCAACUAUGCGCUGCCCUUGCUUGCUUUCAAUGCCUAGAAUGUUGCUGUGAGAUGUGUUACCCGUGUUUUGAAAUGUGUUUGUGCCUGUUCAUGUAGAAAGUUUGUUUAAAAAACACUUACGAUGGUUUAAAAAGUGUGUACCUAUAUAAAUAUAUAAAUGAUACAUU